AUGAUUGUUUUCCAGUUCUUUGCGAAAAAGACGACACCAUCUGCUGAAGAACAGAAGAGAGAUAUGUGCAAAGACUUCUACACCGUGUACAAAGCAUUUGUUGAAAAUCGGCAGAAUCUAAUAAAUGAAUUAAGGAAUACGGCCGAUGAGUCAGUACGGGUGAAGAAAAAUUGUAGUAUUUCUACAAUUGCCGGAAGUUCGGUGGGCAUUGCUGGUGGCACUGCGGCCAUCGUUGGAACUGUUGUUUGCCCUCCACUUCUUGUUGGAGGUCUUGCUGUUGCUGGACUUGCCACAGCUUCAAAUCUGGGCACACAAUUAACGGAGUUUAUUAUUUUUCGAAAGAUGGUAAAGAAGUUGGAACUUAUGUCUAAAUACGAUAUUGAACUAAUGGACGAUAUUGAAAAUAUCUAUAAAAACGCUGUUGCCGCUAAUCUUGUGAGUAUUUCGAGAACCCUCCUUACCUGGAUGUCGAAAAUGUUUGAAGCAUGCGAUGAUGGCUCACAGCCAGAGAAUACUGCUACGAACGAUAUUCCGUCAUUAGGAUUUCAACUUGGUGCUGGUGGCACAAAAGGUGUCACUGCUUUGGGUUUACGAUCCGUCGGAAUUGAAAUGGUUCCCACUUUAAUUUUUCUUUUUUUUUUGCAUGUAUGCAAAAUAUAGUA